AUGGCGAAUAACAGAAUUCCAUCGGGUCCGAACACGCCUGGUAGCCAGCAAACUCCUACACAGCAGGGCAUUAAAAUUUUCAUUCAAAGAGAUUACUCUGAAGGCACUGCAGUUAAAUUUCAAACAAGAUUCCCACCUGAACUUGAAGACAGAAUAGACAGACAAACAUUUGAAUACACUAUGGAGAGACUUAAUGAGCAUUUUGAGAUGGCUGAAACUGCAGACUGCAGCACAUACUGUGAGGGCUGCCUUGCUUGUCUCACUGCUUAUUUCAUCUAUAUUUGUACAGAGACACAUUAUGAAAAGCAUCUUCGAAAGAUAUCGAAAUUCAUUGCUACACAGAACGAAAGAGUGUACAACCCGCGUGGUAUCCACAUAACAGAUCCGAUACUUAGAGGGCUCAGAGUGAUUGAAAUAACAAUAAUAGACCUACCAAAUUGCCAGAGCCCAACCGGUAAUUCAACGAGCACACAAAUGCGGCACACUUGA